AGAACGUUGUUUCCAGACAAUGACUACCAACCAAAAGUCAAACCGAACACGUGUUGUGAAGGCUCCCCUUUGCAUUAGCAGCUCUACGAUUGACAUACGACGCUUCGCGUCCUUGGACUGAAACGGUUCACAGUACCAGCUGUUCACACCCAAUAAUCCGCCGACCUCUAUAUAACACCCACAAAGUUACCCGUGGAAAUAGCAUUAUCCUAUCAACGGUUCGAUUACAACAAACCAACUACACAUCUAUAUCACAUCCACAUCACCAUGACAUCCCCGGACAACCCUACCCUCCCCUCCCCUCCCUUCUACACGCACAUCCCCAACAUCAACAACCUCCGCCUGGCCACCUACUCUCUCACCACGAAAUCGGGUUCCACACUCCGCCCAGGCAUCCUCUUUCGUAGCGCCGAAGUCGCCUCACUCGACACCGCCGGCUGGACCGCAGUGCACAACAUCGGCGUAGGCCACGUCUUCGACCUACGCAGCAAACCCGAAGUAGAAAAGGGCUGGGCCGGCAUCGUCGGCCAAGAUGCAACCGGCAAGGCAGAUUUCCGACCAGGCUGGAUCCAAGCAAUGGAGGAAGCGGGUGUGAAGAGAACGUGGACACCCGUGUUUUCAGAUAAAGACUACAGUCCUGAGAGGCUAGCGGAGAGGUACUCGAACUAUAUGGAUGAGGACGUCAAGGGAUUCGUAGAAGCAUAUGCUAGUAUCUUGACGGAUGGCGGAAAGGCAUAUGGUACUAUUCUCAGGUAUCUAGCUAGUUUGCCGCCAGCGGAUGGUACCAGCAACAACGGAGAAGAAGGCGAGAAGCUCGGUGUACUCAUCCACUGCACGGCAGGAAAAGACCGAACGGGAAUCUUCUUUGGCCUCCUCUUCGACUUCCUCGGUGUCCCGCGCGAGCAAAUCGCAGACGAAUACCAACUCACCGAAUUGGGACUGCGGCCUCUUCGUGACGAGAUUGUAGAGCGGUUGUUGAUGAGUCCGGGGUUUAGGAAGUAUAUGCUUGCGCAGUCGACUGGGAGGGCGUUGUCUAAGGAGGAGAUGGCGAAGAUCAUACGAGGGGAUGAUGGGGCUGGAUCGGAUGCGGAGGAGGUUUCGCCGGAGAUCUUGGAAAAGGGUAGGCAGGCUGCGUUGCGUAUGGUGGGUUCGAGGAAGGAAAGUAUGUUGGCGAGUUUGGAUAUGUUGGAUGAGCGGUUUGGGGGCGCGGAACGCUAUAUGAGAGAGGUUUGUGGGCUUGGUGAUGAGGAGUUGCAGAGCUUGAGGAGGAAUUUGGUGGUUGAGAAUGCGAAGUGA